UUGAAACAAGUUAUUUUAAUUGUGAAUUGUUAUGAAAUUUAUGGUAAAUUAUCAUAUUGUAUUUUCCAAUAGAGUUUAGAGCCACUCAUUUCGCUACACAUUUCACCCAAACAAAGCUUUCAAUUUUCAGUUGAUCAAAGUUUUUGAAGUGAGAGAGAAAUGCCAACGUUGAAUUUGUUCACGAAUGUUCCAGUUGACGGUGUGGUUGCUUCUGAUAUUCUCAAAGAUGCGACUAAAGCGGUUGCCAAGAUCAUCGGCAAGCCAGAAUCUUAUGUGAUGGUGCUAGUGAAUGGAGGGGUGCCGAUUUCAUUUGGUGGGACAGAGGAGCCGGCUGCUUAUGGCGAAUUGAUCUCCAUUGGAGGUCUUGGCCCCACUGUCAAUGCCAAACUUAGUUCAACCAUAGCAGAGAUUAUUCAGACCAAGCUUUCCAUCGACAGCUCUCGCUUUUAUGUCAAGUUCUAUGAUGUUCAGCGAUCUUUCUGUGGCUUCAACGGUUCAACCUUUUGACCCGAGCUUGACUUGUUGGAGGCGACCGAUGGAAAGCUUGAAUUCUAGUUCGAGCAGCCAUGGUGAUCUUGUGGAAGCUGUAUUAUCACAUAAUCACUUGUGUUUUCUUUUUCUCUGUAUCAUGUGACAGUUUGAUAUUCAAUUUUUUACUUGUUUUUUCACCUUUGAUCUGUCGAAUUCUAAAAAGUUGUCCUCUCCAUCCGCAUUUUUUCGAUUCAGUGAUUGUUAGCAGUUCUACUA